AUAGAUUUCAAGCACCUGUGAGCUAAGAAGACAUGGUAGCCACACUUUUGAGCGCUUCCAAGAUUUAUCUGCUGAUAUAUAUUUUAUCUAGAGGACAUUUUACAGAAGCUUUGCAAGAUAUUAGCAAGUACAUAACACACUAUGAAGGCCUGUCUUAUGACCGAGAGCUCAUAAAACAACAGCACCAGCGCAUCAGACGAGAGACUCAUCCAAACAAUCAAGAGCUUCAUCUAAACUUCAACGCCUUUCAAAGGGAAUUCCACCUCCGUCUCAAGCCAGAUGUAAAAGGCUUUACAGAAGAUUUCAAGAUCCAGUCAGAAGAUGGAACUCAGAUGGUGGACCUCUCUCACAUAUACUCAGGAGUAGUAGAAGAUGAGAGUGUAUCCUCGUGUCAAGGGUCUGUUCUCGAGGGCCAGUUUGAAGGCUCCAUUACAACAGCCAAUGGGACAUUCUAUGUCGAACCCGUUGACAGAUACACCACCUCCAACACUGACCACCAUUCCAUCAUUUAUCACGAAGGUGAUGUGGACAACGCUCCCUUGAAACACACUCAUGUUGGCUUCUGUGGUGCCGAGCGGCUGCAGCAUCUUGUCCAAAACCACCAAGAGAUACCAGUGUCCAGGUCAAAGCGGAAGGUCGACCAGUCCAAAACCAGCUGUUUUCUGCACCUCCAUGCAGACCACCGCUUCUACAAACGCUUUGGAAGUGUUGAAGCUGUUGUGGCUCAGGUUGCCUCCUACAUGAAAGCAGUAAACGACAUUUACGACAAAGCCGACUUUGAUGGCAUAGAGCUGGUCAACUUCAAAGUGAAAUUCCUCACUGUGAUCACCGAAGAAGAUCCCAGCAGUCCCUUGGGCAAGACCCACAUUGGGCCUGAGAAGCUUUUGAGUCUGUUUUCCGAGACGAACUGGAACGACUAUUGCCUCUCUUAUCUCCUGACCAACAGAGACUUCAGCGGGGUUCUCGGUCUGGCCUGGGAAGGAAAACCAGAUAACUGGGGAGGGAUCUGCUCUGAGAUGAUUUUGAAGGGUGGUAACAAUUCCAGCCAUAACACGGGUCUCAUCACACUUCAGAACUACGGCAACUACCUUUCUCCCAAACAGGUGCACCUGACCUUCGCCCAUGAGUUGGGCCAUAGUCUUGGAGCCCCUCAUGAUGAAGGUUCUGACUGUGGAGGCCUGGAGAUCACCGGUGACAAAGGCAGGUUCUUGAUGUUCCCUCAAGCCUCCUACAAGAUCGACGAGAACAACGAUAAGUUUUCCCCCUGCAGCCUUCAGCACAUGAGUCGCAUUCUGAAUAUCAAGAAGGACAAAUGCUUUGUAGUUAGUGAGCAUCCCAUUUGUGGAAACCGUAUCGUAGAAGAGGGGGAAGAAUGUGAUGUGGGCCAUAAUGCAAGUGAUCCAUGCUGUUACAGCUCAAAGGAACCUGCAGGCACUGAAUGUCGACUGAAGCCAGGCAAACAAUGCAGUCCUAGCCAGGGUCUAUGCUGCAGCUCCCAUUGUGUCUUCAAGGAACCCGGGCUGAUGUGUGAACGCCAAUCUGAGUGUCGCAACCAAAGUGUAUGCACCGGUUCUUCUGCUGUAUGUCCAGAACCUGCCGCCAAGCCAGACAUGAGAAUAUGCAGUGAUGGUACACGUGUCUGUUUUAAUGGGGAAUGUGGCCCAUCUCUCUGCGCGUUGUAUGACAUGGUGCAAUGUGACUGCCUGGGAGAGAACAGGACGGAAAAGUGCCACAUGUGCUGCCAGCAGAGCGAUAAACCUAAUACUUGUGCAAGCACCACUUCUUCGGUUCUUUUGCACUACUUUAGUGGGAAGCAUGUGGCUUUGGUUCCUGGGUCUCCGUGCUCUGGAAACCGAGGCUACUGUGACCGGUUCAAAGUGUGCCGAAUCCUAGACGCCGAUGGCCCAAUUGCAAGGCUCAAGAAUUCUUUCCUAAAAUUGGAUGAGUUUGAUGACCUGGCUGGUUGGAUGAAGGCACAUUGGUGGGCAAUACUUCUGGGUAUUGUUGCCAUUUCAGCAGUAAUGGCUGGAACUAUCUGUGUUUUUGGACGGCCACUUGAGAUUGAUGACGACAGGUAAACAUCUCUCCACUUGGAGCCUUCCAACUGGCAAAAAACACUCCCUGCAAGCAAGAAAACAUUGCUUUUGAGGCAACUUUUGAAUGUUUAAAACAUCUGACUGAUCACUAAAGCCUGUCCAGAUGCACAGCUGAGAGUCGACUGCAUCUGUCCAAACAUGAUUUGAGUUUACUUCACCUCUUCCAGCCAUGUGUCUCACACCAUUGGUCAUUACAUAGUUAUUUGAACUCCACUGCUGAUUUGAGAACUGAAUACAGUCCAGCUUUUCAACUAUAAUUCAUUGUGCUCUCAGUAACUUUGUACACAAUGUCGCCUACAUUUAUUUCAAAGAAAUCCAAGAACAUGAGACUGCGAUUUUGAGAAAGCCGGAUUAUCUCAACAUAGUCAAUAACAACAGAUGGCUGUAGAUUCAUGGAAAUCUAACACAGACAACAUGUUUUUGGGAAAGGUACAAUAAAAAUACAGUAUAUGUUAACCUGUGAA